GGCAUAUCAGCAUAUGUGCAUAUCCUCAUAUGUUUAUAAUUUUUAUUUUAUUUGUCACAAGCAGAUGUUAUUGCGGGUGUAGCGAAAUGCUUGUGUUUCUAGCUCCAACAUUGCAGUAAUAGCUAGCAAUACACACAACCUAAAAGUAAAAUAAUGUAUUUAAGGAAUAUAUAAAUAUUCUAUGCGUUAAAUCACAGUGUCGGAAUUGUUGUUUACACAAUUUAAAAAAAUAUACACUUACUGUAGCAGUUUUGCACAGGUCCAUAAACUGUGCCUCUAGUUGACUUACACACAGGUGUUUGGAGUAUGCUAGAUAGCUAAUUGGCACAGGUAACGGCCUAUCUCUGUCUGUCUUCUGGGACACAAUAAAAAAAAAAUAAGCAAAGCCAAGCAUCAUACAGUUCACCCUUUCCCCUCUGUGUCUCACUCACUCAAUUGCGUUCCUACCGCUCCCUCUACACCCACGUGCUACUGAAAUAAAUGCCUAUAAAACGCAUCUAACUGAUAUGAUACACAAGCCACAUUCCUUGCCAAAUGAUGACAGUUUAAUCAAAAAAUUCUAAAUGGACUGGUUGAUAGUAGGGAAAAUGUGUUCCAACAAUGAGCUGCAGUUUUCAAAUAAUUGCAUAAUUUUGUGGUUGUCACUUCUUACCACACCCACAAAGUAAAAAUGGUCUAAAUUGUAAAAAUGCAUGGAAAAAAACAUUUGCUUUUUGGUAUUAAUUUAAGGAGGGGCAAAAGUUUAAUAGUGUGGUUAAGGUUAGGGGUUAGGUUUUAAAAUCAGAAUUUAAAAAAAAAUCAAAUUUGUAGAAACAGGAGGUUUUGUGGCUGUGGUAACUAACGUCAGUAACGACCCUACUUUGCGAACUCUGUGUUACAUAGACCACCAGUUCUACAGGCAUGCUGAACACGCCAAUGGACCGACACAUCGACUGACAAUGGACUGACCGGCCCUCUCCACCAGUCCCCUGCCCCUCUCAGUGUUUGUGCCUGCUGGUUCCCGGUUGGUAGUUCCUCGGGCACCGGUUGUCAUGAUGUCCAACAGUCGGGCUGGAAGACAUUCCCUGUGGUGGUUUCUCUCGCCGUUCCGGAGCAGGCAGGAGCGUGUGGUGCUGGCACGCAGCGAGAGCAUGCCAGGGGAACACGUGCUGAAGAUCACCAUCACAGAGACCACUGUGAUCGAGGCAGACUCGGGGGUGUGGAACUCUAAGUCGCUGGUCUACCUGGGUCUGUGGUACUUCUUCAGCUUCUGCACACUGUUCCUCAACAAGUACAUCCUGUCUCUGCUGGAGGGGGAGCCCAGCAUGCUGGGCGCUGUUCAAAUGGUCUCCACCACCAUCAUAGGCUUUCUGAAGAUGUAUGUGCCUUGCUGCCUAUACCAGCACAAGUCCAGGACUGAGUACCCCCCCAACUUCCUCAUGAUCAUGCUGUUUGUGGGGCUCAUGAGGUUCACUAGUGUGGUGCUGGGACUGGUGAGCCUGAAGAAUGUGGCGGUCUCCUUUGCUGAGACGGUGAAGAGCUCCGCGCCCAUCUUCACUGUCAUCAUGUCUAGGCUGAUCCUAGGGGAAUACACAGGGAUGUGGGUGAACCUGUCCCUUUUUCCUGUCAUGGCUGGCCUGGCCCUCUGCACUGCAACAGAGAUCAGUUUUAAUAUGCUGGGCUUUUCUGCAGCCCUCUCCACCAACAUCAUGGACUGUUUACAGAAUGUUUUUUCAAAGAAGCUACUAAGUGGAGACACAUACAAAUUCAGCCCUCCAGAACUGCAGUUCUACACCAGUGCAGCUGCAGUCAUUAUGCUAAUACCUGCCUGGGUCUUCCUCAUGGACAUUCCAGUGAUUGGGAAAAGUGAGCGUUCGUUCAGCUGGAGUCAAGACAUCGUUCUGCUGCUGCUGUUUGAUGGGGUCCUGUUCCACCUGCAGAGUGUCACCGCCUACGCCCUCAUGGGACGCAUCUCUCCCGUCACCUUUAGUGUUGCCAGCACAGUGAAGCACGCCAUGUCUAUCUGGCUGAGUAUCAUUGUGUUCAGUAACCACAUCACGGUGCUCAGCGCCGCCGGCACGGCCCUGGUUUUUGUUGGUGUGCUGCUGUACAACAAGGCCAAGCAGUUUCAGAGAGACACGUUACAGGCCCUGGCCCAGGCUCAGGACCAACACAACAAACCACUUCUGCAGGACCACGAGCUCAAAGCAUUGGACCGAUACACUCCCCAGGAGACCAAAGGGGGAGAGACCAAAGAGGUCUGUUCUUUUUAACUUUGAUCAUGUAGAACCUGAUAUGCAGACUUGCACCAGCAUUACAACAAAUCGGAGAAGUCAACGGUCAUCAUAGCACAGUGAAAGGAUCUGUCACUGGGGUUUCUCUCAGUGGGAAUUGUCCAUUCGAGAGGCUGGUUUCAUUCGGCCUCACCUUGAUUCACUCUGAUGAUACCUUUGUGAACUUGCCUUAGUGUGCUGUCUGAACGCGGACCAGUGUUUGACUCGGUUCUGGUGUGUAUGAACUUCACUUUUACACUGUCAAUUCCUUUUGUUGUUCCAUUCCCUCACCUGAAAUGUUUCAUUAUUUCAUAUGGUUUUGAAACACGAGCAAACUCAGGAUUUCUCUCAAUGUUCAUUGGGUGGAAGCGGUUCAAUGCAAGUCUAUUUUUUCUGCGUACUUGCCUUUAUGAUAAUUUUUGUAAUGUUUUAUUGAGUCUUACAUUUUUCGGUUAUGGACACACGUUGUCGUUGACUAAACAGCUUUAUUCUCCUGAUCAUUGGCGAAGGUCCAUCAACAUGUAGAACAGUCAAGACAUUCAUCAUUCAUUCUAAUAGGGCUUUAGCUCAGCUGUAUACCAAUUGGUCACAAGUGUAAAGCAAAUAUUUGCGGCAUUAGCCUGACCACAAAGGUGUCUUACCUUCGGGGGAGAUGAGGUAGAGAGGGUAACCCUUUAUUUGAUUUCCCAAAGCUCACCGUUGACACUGAACUUCUCACAACAAUUUAAUUUGAAAUAUUUGAAAACCUUGAGUGCAGUCUGCAGAGGUCGUAUCCUUAUCUGCAGUUCUUACAAAUUCACCUAGCAACCAUUUUUAAUUUUGCAAAGCUUUCUUUAGGUUACUAUUGUGUUGGUUCUUCAUUUUCUUGUUGUUCUUGAACAGAACCUGAAAGUUUCGUCAUAGCUAGGUGUUGAGAGAUUGAUUUGGGCUUAUGUGGCAUUGUGUAGCUUUCCACACCCCUGUCUUACUUUCUGUGCCACACUGAACCUUGUUAUUUGCUAAGAGUCAGUUGAAUAAGGGAGACUUGAUGUACUUUAUUUUAAGUGCUAAGCAUACUGUUAAUGAAACUGUUAUUUGUCUUGAGUACAUUCCUUUGUUUUUGCAUUCUUGUUCAACAAUGAAUGUAUUUUUAGUAGUUCUGGUUAUGAAACACCCCAAGGUCUCUCAACCAACCUCUUCAGGAUCUGCCCCUAAAGCAAGGAUAUGCAUAUUCUUGAUACCAUUUGAAAAUAAACACUUUGAAGUUUGUGGAAAUGUAAAAGGAAUGCAGGAGAAUAUAACACAUUAGAUCUGGAAAAAGGUAUUACAAAGAAAAAGAAAAUAUAUAUAUUUUUUGUACCAUCUUUGAAAUGCAAGAGAAAGGCCAUUAUUAUUCAUGCACUUUUGAUUUUGUCCACUAGAUGGCAGCAGUGCACGUGCAAAGAUUUAGACUCAUCCACAGAAUCAUUGCAUUUCUGUUCAAAAUGUUAUAUCAAAACUGCCCAAAUGUGCCUAAUUUGUUUGUUAAUAACUUUUCAAGUUCAAAACUGUGCAGUCUCCUCAAACAAUAGCAUGGUAUUAUUUCACUGU